GAAAGCAGAGGUCACCUUGGACAAGAAACAAAUGGAUGUGCUUAAGAAAGCCUUUGCCGUGUUUGAUAAGGAUGGUGAUGGAAUCAUUACCGGGAAGGAGCUGGGUAAUGUGAUGAGAUCCAUGGGAGAAAACCCGACAGAGAACGAGGUUCAUGAGAUCGUCAACGAACUCGAUAUGAAUGGGAACGGGCAAAUCGACUUUGCUGAGUUCGUGGGAGUGAUGUCGAAGAAGAUGAACGAUAUGGACAACGCUGAGGAUAUCCGUGAAGCUUUCAGAGUCUUCGACAAGGGAGGAAAUGGAUAUAUCGAGAAUUCUGAACUCAAGCACGUUUUGACUUUCCUCGAUAUCCAUAAGAGCGAGGUUGAUGAACUCAUCAAAGAUGCUGACACCGACGGGGACGGUCGAAUCGAAUAUGAAGAAUUUGUUCAAAUGAUGAACCUGGGUAACGAGAACAAGGGCAGCGCUACCGCCAAUCUCAUCAAUGCAGUUCUUUGAUAUUUGGAAAGUAAAGUAUUUCAAAUUCUUUGAAGGUAAUUAAAUAAGAAUUGCUUUUUAAAAAGCUGUCUAUACGUUAGUAGCCGGACUUUGUUGCUUGUAAUGGUAGAACACAUGUUAAUUCAAGGGUAGAAGAGUGGGGCAAGAUCUGCCGGGCCUCUUUUCAUAAAAAAUUGUUUUCAAUAACAAGUGCCGCAUUUUUAUAACAAACUUGCUCUCAGCCAAUCA